AUGGCUGAGUUUUCCGUGGAGUGGCUCCAAGCUCGGCUGAAGAGGGAGGAUGUCAGCGAUGUUGUUGCAGAGAGCAUGACUGGCGCUGGGGGCCUCAACUGUCCCAUGACGCGGCUCAUGGUCACACUGAAGGGAGGCACAACAGAGAGCUUUGUCUACAAGCGCCACGACGCUGACAAGAUUGCCAUGAGCAAAAUGUUGGGCCUUGCACGGGAGGCUCUUUUCUAUGAGGCCUUCGCUUCUGAUGAGAGGCUUCGACCAAUGCUCCCGCAGGUCUUGCACACCAAGGGUGACCUGUCUACAGGGGAGAAAGAGAUCAUCAUGCAGGACUUGAGUGAGGGCAUCCAGAGCGGCUACUUUUUUGGGCCAGGCUCUCCUCAUAAUUGGGACAAAGACCUCCUGGAGAAGACGAGAGGUCUGUCUGCGAGAGUUUCUGCUCUUGAUGUGGCCAAGGUGGCCGCCCAGGCAGCUGGCAGGUUGCACGGCGUUUUUUUCAGAGACGCAAGUCUGGCUACGCAUCCGUGGAUCCGAGGUGCCGGUUGGGUGUCAGGUGAAGGGGAGGAGCUCUGGGAGUCGUACCAGGCACAGUGCAGAAACGCCUGGGCAUCGGUGGACUUCGAUGCGCCCGGUGUGGCCUGGGACCCCUUCUUGCGCCAAUGCAUUGAUGCAGCAAUUGCCCGUGCCAAGCCAGCAAACUCUGGAUUUCAGUCUUUUCUUGCCUGGAUGAGGAAAGCACCUUGGAGCCUUGUGCACGGUGAUUUCCACCCGGCCAACUGCAUGCUCCUGGAAGCUCUAAAAGAAGGCUCCACGGAUCAUAGGCUGAUUCUGCUGGACUGGGAGAAUGUGGGAGUUGGCUCCGGGCCACAGGAGAUUGCACAGUUCCUCAUCUCCCACAUGGAGCCAGGCAUGCGAUCUGAGGUGGAGGCGGAGGUUGUCCAGGAGUACUACCGCGCUUUGACCACCCAAAAUCCUGGGGUGGCAGAGUCAAUGAGCUACGAACAGUGUUGGCAGGAAUAUGUCACAGGAGGAGCAGGCAAGUGGACCUGGUUCAUGCCAUUAUUGGCCACCGGCUGCCCACCAAAGAUGACCCAGUACUUCCACGACCAACUCUUAGCAUUCCUCAAGGCUCAUAAGCUUACUCCAGAGACUAUGCCCAUGCCGCGCCACGUCUUCAUACGCUUUGUCCUUGAAGCAGAAAGCUCACCCAUCGUCCGUGCUACAAGGCAGGCGGAGCCCACCGUGUCAACUUUUCCUGGCGACCCGAUCUUGCUCCAUGGACAAGUGGACGAAAAGUCUGCGCUGGCGCUGCUUCGAGGCCGGGCGGACCCCAAUGCUCCUCUGGGCAACCUGCGCCGUACCCCGCUUUUCAGUGCUGCAGAGCGGUGCGACGUUAAACUGAUCGACAAGCUUCUCAAGUUCCGUGCGGAUGUCAACAGGCCUGAUCUUGCUGGCGAGACGCCCCUCUUUGCUCUUUGCCAUGCAGCUGCCUGGGCGGAUGCCUCUCUGCGGGACCGCCGUGCAGCUACACUGAGGCUGCUGGAAGGCGAAGCUGACAUCAACUUUGCCAACCCUCGAGGGCGCACACCGUUGCAUGCGGCCAUCGCAGCAGGCGAUGCCGCAAUUCUCUCCCUUCUCCUGGAGGAGGCAGCAGAUGUCAACGCAAGAGAUUUGGGAGGCUUCACGGCAUUGAUGUGGGCCGCUGGACGAGGCAACGCAGAAGUUGUGAGGUCACUGCUGGCAGCGCGAGCCAAUACCGGCUUGGCUGCCAACCGUGGCCAGACAGCCAUGAUCUUCGCCCUCACCAACAAGUGCGAGUCGGUGGCCGAGAUCCUUCGAGAGCAUGCCCUGCUAGAGGAAAAGAAG